UGUUCAGAUUUAGUUUUAACAUAAGACUGUAAGAUAUUCCUCUUGUGCAUUGACUGUUUUUGAGAAUGACAGAGGAAAUAACAGUAUUUAUGUACAAUGUGAUCUCCAAGUGAUGGUCCACAAUCAAGAAAUUCUUCAGAGAUUGAUUUAAUUUGUCUGCCAUAUGGACAUCGGUGCUGGAAGGAUGACAGACAGGUCUAAGGAAGUGAUGUUGGAGUCUUCAGUUAAUAAGAAUAAUAAAUGCAUCCCGAGAUCUCUGACACAAUUGUGCAAACAGCUAGAGGACAGAAUCAUGCAGAUAUCACAGCAUUACUCCAUCUGUGAUGAAGACAGACACUCUCUGACUGCAGUGUUGUCCUCUGAGCUGGCUCUGAAUUGGCAGGACCUGAAAAGCCGUCCCGUGGACUCCACACUGAGUCGGGAUGAGAGAGUGCAGCUGCAUCGCCAGACCUUCAGCGAGGUGCUGCACAUCUGCGAGCAGCUGUUUCUGCGUUACCUUCACCUGGCAGAGACUCUGCGGAGGAGAGGGGUCUUCAGCGAUUGUGCCAACCGCAGGAGGCUGGCAGCUCAGUUGGCUGUGGACUGCACCAGCCUCUUGAAUAUUCGUUCAAUUCGAUGCCGGAUUGUCACAGGAAUCAAGGCUAUGCGCAGUACUGUGAUACAGCAGAAAGCUUUACACACAGAGAUGUGCACACAGGAAAAAACUGUGGAGGAUGACCUCAGGGAGGUGUGUUAUGUUGUAAAGAUUGAAAUGAUUCAGGACAAAAUCGGGGAGCUGGAUCUCCAACGUGUGUAUGACCUUCUGCCCUGCAACAUGGAGCAAAUCUCAAAUAAGACCGACAAACAGUGUUCCACAGCAAGUAUCUGCAGUAUACUAAAACAAGAGCAAGAUCAGAGUCCCAAUCAAAACCGGUCGGUCAGAUUGAAGGGAUGUCAUUCCAUGCCAAACUUGCGGAGGGAGAGUCUUCUAGAGGAGCUGGACAUCAAGCUGCUUCGUCGGCCUUCAUCUCCAUUGCUCCUGCUGUCUACAGAUUCUCCCUCCAGCUUGGAGAAACACAUGAGUCCUGGAGAGGAUCUGAAGAGAUUAUUACAGGAGAGCGAUAAUGAAGAUGACAGUAACUGUGAGGCAGAUCUGUUCCCGCUUAUAGAAGCUUUGACCUUCUUUAACUCUAGCAGACUCCAAAAGCUCAAAAAAAGACUCCUGAAAAUGAAAGAGGAAGUGAAGGAAAAAAAAAAGCGCAAAGCUGUGGAAAAACCUUUGCAUGCACAAGGAGACGUGAUCAGUGUGGCGUUUACUCCUCAAACCAUCAUGCGCACAGCUGCGGUCAGAGUGCCUGAUUGGGUUUUUCCAGAGACCCUCAAACUCAGAAUGUGUCCACCAGUCUACAAUGAACUCACUGAAGAGAUUGAUUCUGCAUCGGUUCUUCAGAUGGAUCAGAACUUGGUUGAGCAGAAACUGGAGAUGAGCAAAGUCUAUGAGGAAUUAUUUAGGAAUAUUUCAACAAAGUAUUUCAACUUUGAAGAGGAUCCCAGCAUUGAGCCUUCCUUGACAAAUCCCACAUGUCUCAUUUCAAAAAGAACAAUUUAUGACAAACUAAUAAACCAGUCACUCAGGAGGCCCAAUCCAUACAACAUAUCCCACAGAGAGAGAAUGGAGAGGAAUGUAAACAAAAAGAGGCCUGAAGAUGUGACCACACGAGCGUACAGAGCCUGGUUCCAAUGGUGGAAGUGUCAACUAUCACUGGAUGAUUAUCUGGACUAUAUUUCCACUCAGGACUCUGAUUAUCUGUCAGUGCUGUUUCACCUGUAUGACAGUGAUGAUGGUGAUGAUGAAGAGGCAGAGAGACACAAGUUGGAUCAGCAGCAGAAAGAGGAGAGGAGAAGAAAGCAGCAGGAAAGGUUCGAUUCACUUAGGAGACGCAAACAGGAGUUUGUUCCUGGAUUCUGGAACAUCAACACUAUAGAAAUGGGGGGACUAGGGAGAGAACCAAAAGUGGAUGAGAGAAAGUUUGAAGAGGAUGUGGACGGUGAAGGUCCAGCUUCUGCUCUGCAGGAUACUGAACAGUUGCAGCUCAGGCUGGAAAAGGUCUGGAAUGCCCUGCAUCUGCCAGAAGGACAGCGACUAGACAUGGCCAUCAAAUACAGCUCAUAUGAGCACAGGGACCAUCUGCAGGAGGCUAUUUCUGCAUGGGAGCAGGCCACCUGUUUGAUCCACAAGAGGGAGCUCUUGCUUUCCAGGUUGGAGGAUUUUGAGAGGGAGGCCUCUGAUCCCAACAGAUUUUUCCAGCCAGGUUAUCCUGGCUCAUCCAUGGCUAGAAUGGAGGAGGCGACUCAAAGGGAGAAGCUCACCUCUCAAAUUUCAGUUGUAGAUGAGCAACUGUUAAAGAUUAUAGGCCAAAUCACAACCCGUUUUCAUGACAACAUCAGCUAUAAGGGUCGUCCAUACAGGGAGAAGAUGCGCUGGGACCGGACUGAGAUGUUGUACUGGCUGCAGCAGGAGAGGCGGGUUCAGUCGCUGGAGAUGUUUCUAGAAGGACAGACAGCUCUACCUGUAAGGCUUCCUCCUCUCAGUCAAAGUCAGGAGCUUUACUCGGGCAAACAUCAAAACCUACUGGAGCAACCUACAUCAGACUGUGAGAGAAGUGGGAGAUUAUUGCAACACUGUGAACUCUAAUGACAAAUAUAACAACUUAGUACCAAUUCUAGCAAAUAAAGCAGUUUUUAUUGAA